AUGAAAAUAAAUAAUCCUACAAACUCGACAUACAAAGUCAAAGCAGAAUUUGAAGGCCAUGAAUACAUAGUCGAUGUUCCACCAUCCAAAGACAAAGAAUAUAGUGAAGUUUCAUUAAAUAUCACUGUUCCUGAAGGAACAGAACCAGGUAAGCAUCCAGUAUCAGUCACUGUUUUAGAUCCUGAAGGAUCUCCAAUAGAUUCAUACAACCUUGAGCUCGAUGUUCUUCCGGGAUCACGCAGAGAAGAAAUAGAACAAAAAGAACCUGAAAAACCUAAAAAUAAGAAUUUGUGGAUAAUAAUUGGCUCUAUUGCAGCUGCUUUUCUAAUCGCCAGUUCUAUGAUAUUAUACUUCAUAUUCAAGAAACGGGAUGAUGAUGAGGAAGAAGAGCAGGGUGAGAAAAAGACAGACUAUGUUGAUGCAAUUGAGAUCAAUGAAGAAACAGUUCUUACUUCAAUGGAUCAAGCAGAACAACAAAAGCAGCAAAAAGUAUUCACAAUUAAUAUUGAUAAUGGUGAAGGUGAAGAAAUUUCAAAUGAUGAAUUUGUUUUGUAA